AAAAAGAUUGAUUUCUUUUGUUUUAAAUAUAUAUAGAAAGAAAAAUGAAAUUGAUUUCCUUUUUCCAUUUCCAUGGAUGCUUCCUCUGGGUUUCUCUUAAUAGUAGUCUUGUAUAGCUGUUGUACUCUAUAAAUACACAUGUCCCUCUUCUUACCUUCUCUUAUAUUUUCCAUCAUUGUCUAAAAACUAUCUACCGAAAAUCAUUAGACUCUACAAAAUUGUAGUGAAACAACAAUGAGCUAUUCUCAUCAAAACAUGGGUUCUGGUUUGUUUCUUCCUCUUAUUUGCCCUGUCUUUACUGUUGGUUGGUGUUUAGUUAUGAAGUGUGUUACUGACACUGUGUGCUUAUAAUAAUUCUGUUUUGUAAUGGCUCUUGUUGAAUAUGUUUCUGGCAAAACAUUUGUAGGUAGUAGAAGUGCAAGGGGAUACGAGUUUGGAAGGACUUAUGUUGUGAGGCCUAAAGGGAAGCACCAAGCCACUAUUGUUUGGUUGCAUGGUCUUGGAGACAAUGGCUCAAGCUCGUCUCAGCUAUUGGAGAGCCUGCCUUUUCCAAACAUAAAAUGGAUAUGCCCAACUGCUCCCUCGCGUCCUGUUUCGCUUCUAGGUGGAUUCCCUUGCACUGCAUGGUUUGACGUGGGUGAAAUUUCAGAGGAUCUUCAUGAUGAUAUCGAAGGCUUAGAUGCUUCAGCUGCACACAUUGCUAACCUCCUAUCAACCGAACCAACGGAUGUCAAAGUUGGGAUAGGAGGUUUCAGUAUGGGAGCAGCAAUAGCUCUAUACUCAACAACGUGCUACGCUCUUGGACGUUAUGGAACAGGACAACCUUAUACUAUAAACCUACGAGCUACUGUAGGACUCAGUGGUUGGCUUCCUGGUUGGAGGAGCUUAAGGAGCAAAAUAGAAAGGUCCAAUGAAGCUACAAGGCGUGCUGCAUCAAUACCAAUUAUACUUGCACAUGGAACUUCGGAUGAUGUAGUUCCUUACAGUUUUGGAGAAAAAUCUGCACAUUCACUUGGCAUGGCUGGAUUCAGACAAGUUGUGUUUAAGCCAUAUGAAGGACUUGGUCACUACACGGUUCCUAAAGAAAUGGAAGAGGUCGUUCACUGGCUCGCCUCAAGGCUUGGUCUCGACGGUUCUCGCUAAACUUCAAAAGCAUCUAUAGCUACUUAUAUACAUGGUGUAGAAUAUAUUAUAGUGGGUGGGUCCCUUGGGGUAUACGGCAUCUUCAUUUUCCCGACUGUUUUGUGAUUUUUUUUUUUUGAUUUUCAGCUCUUUGAUUCUUGCUUAUGAAUAAUGAAAAUAUGAAAU